CAACGCGUCCGCCAGCCUGGCAACGGCCGUUCGCAUGAAGACAUGCACUGAUCUCCACCACUACUGCUGCACAGUCACAUCCGUCACAUCGCGCGCGACGCGUGCACACGUCGGGACAGCGACGAGUUUGCUGCGUACGGCCUCGAGCUGUAAACAGGCAAAAUGGACGUCCAACCACAGCAGCUUCCGCCCGUCCCUAGCAUCCCCGCUGACGCCAAAUCCACCCCGAUCCACGGUCUGCUCUCGCGUCGCCGCAGCUCGCUGCCCUCAGUGCCAACCGACAUCCGCCCCAAAAAGCGCUCGCCCAACUACAUCCGCACGCAGACGGCCUCACCCGAGGUCAUCUCCUCCCUUAUCGACCAGCUCUCGGCCAUCUCCGUCUCCGCGCACAACCACUUCGAGAACCUGCCCGCCAGCUACGGCGAGACCGCGUCCUCUCCUGCCAGCCCGCAUACAAGUGCAACCUUUGGCGGGCCGCAGGGCAAUGCCCUGGAUCCGACCGCAUACUACCAGAACCUGAAGGACCAGAACCACCUCUAUCCCGACGACGCAUGCGAGCCGCCCGUCAUCCGCACGGCAAAGCCGCCAUCGGGCUUGUCGCCGAUAACGGCGCCCAAGAAGAAGGACAAGGAGAACUCGCUGAGGAGUUACAUGAGCAGAACCGGAGGGAGUUCGGCAUCCAUUCAUUCAACUCACUCCGCACGCUCGAUAAGCAGCAUUGGGAACAUUAGCAUCGAGGCCGGCCUUCCUAGGCAGGUCUCCAACGGCAGCAAUAGGACAUCUUCCGAGAGCAAGCGCAGCGCGAGGGGACACAGAAGUCUGAUGUACAUGAGCUCACGCGAGCGACUGCGGCAAAAGGACGCGGAGCGGAAACGCGCAACAAUACAGGGGCCAGAGCUUGCCUCGUCGUCUGAAUCUGCGAGAAAGGCCCCGCCACAGCUUCUGGUCUCCGAGGACGUGAUCAAGGAGGAGCCGGCGAUUGCGGAGUCGUCUCGCGCCGCGCAGCGAUAUCCGAGUAGAGGCCCGAGCAGAGGCACGAGCCCGCUUCGAAACGGUAUCAGCCUACUAAACGGCCACGACGGAGGCAGUCCCACGGAGAAGGGCCUGAUCCCAGAGCGUGGCUCAUCCUUGAGGCACUCGGGAAGUCCUUCGCGGAAGGGCAGGAGGAGCCAUAGCCGCAAGACUAGCCGCCAUGACUCGUACAAAACGAACACCGUUCCGGAGGAAGAUGAAAAUGUGGAUCAGGAGCUGACGGCAAAGGAGAAAAUUCUCAAGGAAUUGGAGGCAGAAGAAGACGAAGUCGCCCGCAGGAUUCGAGAGCUAAGGAAGCAGAAGAUGCUGCGCGACAAAAUAGCCGGCAAGCUUCCUGUGGGUGUUGCUGCAGGGGCUUCUUCAGGCGUCGCGCGCGUUUCACCAAUUGCGAGCGCUGAGCCGUCCCCAACCUCAUCUGUAUCAAGCCUGUCUGAAAAACGGGUGCAGGACCCCGCGAAAGCUCACAAGGUCCUGGGGAUAACAAUGCAGCCCACGCCGCCUGAAAGGAGGACGUCCCGCGUCCCAGAAAGCAGAGAAAAGCGCGAAGCCCGCGAAACGCCCAAGAGGCAGGGCCACUCACGGACCAGAAGCCUGACGGUGAACGAUGGUGACGAUAUUACCCCGCUUCCGAUUGACUACAGGCUUGCGCUUCGCACUCUCGAACAGACAGCGCCAGCGUCGCCCGCCGCUCCGAGCAGCAGCAACGCGUCGCUCAAGAGCAGGGAAACUUCGUCCAGCGGGACACCGCCGCGGCGCGCGCACUCGCUCGCGGUGGGAGGACGAUCUGCAGUGGGCCGCAAGACGACACACUCGAUAAUCAUGGGUGCAAACACGGCGCACAAGCAUUCCACAAGUGUCACCAGUGGCGCUGUGAGCGAGAGGUCAUUCCGUUCCGCCAGCGAGGAGAUUACCACUCGACACCACUCGCUCAGCAUGGCCCCGUCGCCGGCAUCGAACAGCCUCCAGCAUCGCCCCACGCUCAAGAAGAAACGAUGGUCGCACCCCGACCUGCCCGCCAAGGCAGAGAAAGCGCACAACGACAAGGUCGAUGCCGUAAAUGCGGCGGCCGCUGCGAAGGCCUUGCCCGUCCAGAGACCCCCGCACCCGGUCAUCGAAGAGCGCCCUGCCAGCGCAGAUUCAAUCGAUAUUGAUGUCGAAGGAUAUCUCAACUCGCCGCGCCUAUCGCAGAGGAUACGCCACCCGCAAACAGGACGCAUCAUUUUCUUCUCAGAAGUGGGAGAUCCGCAAGGCUUCGCUGUCUUCGUCUGCGUUGGCAUGGGCUUGACAAGAUAUGUCAUGGCCUUCUACGACCAGCUGGCCCUGACUCUGAAGUUGAGGCUGAUCACCCCGGAUCGUCCUGGAAUUGGGGGAAGCCAAGUUGAUCCCAACGGCACCCCUCUAAGCUGGCCAGAUGAUGUUCUUGUGAUUUGCCAGGCGUUGAAGAUUACCAAGUUUUCCCUCCUGGCGCAUUCGGCUGGCGCUGUGUACGCUCUUGCCACAUCGCUACGCAUGCCGCAGCAUAUCCGUGGACGUGUGCACUUGCUCGCACCUUGGAUACCGCCAUCACAGAUGGCACCCAUCGGCAUCAGCCAGGACCAGCCACCCACGCAGCAGCUCCCUCGAUCUCAGCGCUUUCUGCGCGCUCUCCCUCCGUCCCUCCUCAAAGUCGCCAAUUCCACCUUUCUCAGCGCCACAAGCGCAAGCCUGCAGCGUACCGGACCAAAAAAUUCGCCCAAGACGAAGCGGAAGAGCGUCAGCCCGCAAGCUAUGCCGCCGCCGCCGCCGCAGCAGCAGCCCCAGCGACCGCAGUUUAAGGAGUCGCGGCGGGAGUCGAUGAUGCUCAUGGACCAGGUGUUGCCAAAUGCCAGCUCCAUGUCUCUCGCGCUAGCCAACCCCGCAGACCCGAACUACGAGAAGGCUAAGAGGAUGAAGGAAGCUCUUACCCAAGUCGAGCGCCAGCGGCAGCAGGAAUUCGACGAGCGACUUACCUUUGCUAUCUGGGACCGUGCUACGACCAAUGCAAACCCGGCGACCGACCUCAUUGUAUGCUUGGAGACCAAGCAGACAAUUGGCUUCAGGUACGAAGACAUCAACCGCUCCGUCGUCAUACACCACGGCAGCAAGGACUCGCGUGUCCCUGUUGACAACGUCCGGUGGCUCGGUCGCCUAAUGCGGAAAUGCGAGGUUAGGAUCCUCGAGGGCGAACAGCACGGCCUCAUGGCGAGCGCGCAGGUCAUGGGCAACGUGCUUACGGAGAUGGCGAGCGACUGGGAGGACUGGACUGCCGUGGUGCAGGGCAAAACGAACGGCGAGCGGAGUAUUUCGAGGAAGCGGACGACGGACAGGCUGCGAAAUCUUUCUUCACGGCACGGACACGAGACGACGCCUUGACCGAACAUGACGCGAGUCGGUCGACUUGAUCUAGAAAUGCAUCUUUGACGACUGGGACAGGACCACGGAAACGACGCACUAUUUGAUGGACGAAGGAUUGGACCUUGGGUUUUGAUGAUUUUUCCCAACGCGCUACCUAUUCUUACCCCUUCUCCUUCAUCUUCUUCAUUUCUUUUGUCUAACUUCUUUAAUCCUCUAGCUACUUCUUCUGUUUCUCUUCCCCCAUCUCUGUUGUUUCUUCGCUUCUUCCCUUGAUUUAGCGGAUAUACCCUCGAUUGGUGGUACAUGGAUUGGCACGUUUCUUUGAUCCUCG